GAGAGGAAGCCAGGCUGCGUAGAUGUUUGUCUCCUUGGAUACACCACAACAAGUCAGCAUGUGUAGGCAGAGAUUUGGCAGGACUUAAGGAGGUGUAUUUUCUUUAAUGUCCGAAACGUUUCUAAACUUGUUGAUCCUGAACAAUGAGAAAGUCUGCCAUGUGUGACGUAUACAGAGUUUCCUCGUCCGUUCAAGUGGAGCAGAUGGAGGCAGAGCUGUCUCAUCAACUCUCAGCACUGCAGGCUGAAAUAGAAGUGAACGGAUUUCCCCACAGAGCAGUGCCCUCCAAAUGUUACAGUUCUGUUCUACCUCCAAAGGAUAUUUCCUUCUUCCAUGUUGAGAGGGAGCAUGCACUGAGGAGAGGGCUUCAGGUGGCUGAAGCUUUUCCGGUUCACUCUCAGGCUGACAUCAUGCAGAGAGAGCUGGAUAGUUGCUUGAGUUUACAGUACGCUCCUGACAGUCUGCCUCCACUACUGCACCAGUUCUAUACUGACAGAUCAUGUCACUUGGCUCAGAUCAAAUAUCUGCUCAUGCUGAGAUGGAGGAGAUUCUGCCGCCACACCAGCAUCACUGAGAAGCUUUAUCCUCAUUACAAGGAUCAGGUGUCAUAUUUGACGAGAGAGUACGAGGACGCCGUUCAAAGAGCUCGCAGACUGUCGGUGAGCAGAGAGAAGAUCCUGACCAGCCGAGGAAACCCUGUUGACCUGCUCACUCAAGAUGAUGUGGUCAUUUAUCUGCAGUGGCUGGUCUGCCAUUUGCACUCAGUUCAGGCUGUUCACAACUUCCUCAGGGUGCUGCACUACAUACCAGCUUGUGAGAGAAAAAAUAAAGAACCACAACCCAAAGUUUACGACGAAACUUUACAUAACACUCAACAUGUUGAUGGUAUGUCAGGACUGGCUGAUAAUGUCCCCAUGCACACUGUUCACCUGGAGGAAUUUCUACCUGAGCUGAAGGCUUUGAUCGCUCACUUCCACCUGUCCUACGACACUGGAAAACUCAGGAGCACUGCAGACGAGAUGGAGUUAUUCAGCGUGGUGUGGAGGGAGUUCAGAGCCAUAUUCACAGAGCAAGAGCAGAUGAAAACGUUUCCUCAGUACGAUGGCACAGAGGUGAAACAGAGCCAGUGGGGGAGGAAGAGUGCAAGCUUGGCUCUGAAGAAGGUGGCCAACUGGAUCCCCUUCAUUCAGGUGAAGCCCAAAUGGGAUCCGUGGCAGCAGAAGCUCAUCACAAAGCUGAAGGAAAAGAAAUCUGUUGAUGAGCUGCUGAAGAUGCACAGCAGGUUUCUGCAGGUCCCUGAUCUGCUCUACGUGGCCACAGCUAUAAAAGAGCACGCUGCUCACGUUGGCACGUUACAAUCUGCACCGACCUCAUCUGUCUUACACUGCAGUAAGACAAAACGACUAAAGAUCACUGAGAUCUGGACAAGUAUUUACAGCGCUGCCUUUCUCACUCAGGAAACACAUGAUGAGUCAACCACAUCUAGAGGCGGAGGAGGCCACGAGAAGAAGAGUUUGAGGAGUCAAACCUCAAGCGCGGCAAAAGGAAGCUACUCUUUAGAGGACAGCCUACAGCUGCUGGGUCUGGAAGAUAAUUUAGAGGAAGGAACCUCAGAUCCCAUCAUAACCAGAGGUGCUUACCUGUCUCUGACAUUCCUGCGUCAUCUCAAACUCAGACAGCUCCAGCGCAUCUCUCUUGGGAUGCUGAACUACCUGCGCUCUGUGGAGAGGACUUUGACCUUUGACCUGGCCGGUCUGAAGCUGGAGGAAGGAGAGCUGUGCAGCACAGCAGAGGAAACAGGCUGGAUGAAUGCAGCCAGAGGGGGAAGUGGAGAGACAGAAGGUCUCGGCUCGUUCCAGUGCAGCCACAACACUCCUGUUGACUAUAAGGUCCACUGCUCAGAGUUCAUGGAAUUUACAGAGGUGGAGAAUCUUCAUGAUUUCUACAGCACAGAGGAGAAGUUUGUCCACACUCAGGACCAGAGAGGUUUUUACAUCGUGUACGACGCUGCUCUGAAGGACCUGCAGGAGCUGGAGAACGAGCUUCUUCUAGUCGGCUCACACUUUAUCCAGAGAAACAGGGUUAAGAAAAUGGGAAACGCAGAGGGAGCCACCACCUCGACAGCAGACAUCCACUCCUGGGCCGGAACAGAUGUUGACCGUGUUGCACUGCUUCUUGACCUGUGGACAUGUGAGAUGGAGUUUUUGGAAAGCAAAGUGCAGCUCUUGAACUGUUAUUACGAGGCCUACCAGCAUGCAGCAGGGACGGAGGAGAGGUUUGCGUUGGCUCGAGUUAUUACUGACAUCAUGCACAGUAGGCCACAACUGAACCUGAACCAGGAUUACUUUGUUCAGGCCUACAGAGCUGAGAUAGGCUGCCUGCGAAGCCACCAGCAGCUGAUCAGACAUAUUUUGGACAAUCAGAUUGAAAGACAGCGGCAGUACCUCCAACGCAUCUGGAGAGAUGACCACAAAGGCUCCGUCUGUGACUAUGGCCUUCCACCAAAAUACGUUCCCAAACAUCUGGUCUCACUUGGAGGCAGCAGCUCUGCGCUGAUGAAUGUGUUCCUUCUGGAGGUUCAUCCAUCCCUCUGCCUGGCUUCUGCCGUCUAUCACAGUUUAGUUCAGGCUCACACGGAGCUCUGUCAGCUGCACCGAGCCACGAGCGUCACUCACAAACUUGCCCUGCGACAGAAGCUCCUACAGCGGGCUCUGCAGAGCUGGAGGCACCUAGCUUCACCCGGGGCCUCCUACAGCUCUCAGAUACAGAAGGAUUUGUUCUCAGAUGUGUUUUUUGAGGACCCGAUUUUGGUCCAAAAAGUGGGACUGUUGUUAAUAAGAUCUGCAGAGGAGAAUGAUAUAACGCAGGGAAGAGAGAGAAAGGUGUAUGCUGUAGAAACUUUCUCCAAGCUGCUGGAGCUCAUUACCAUCCGCCAUCGUCUGCUGGAGUCGGCCUCAGAGACUGCACAUUUGGCACAGUUGUACAGAAACGUGGCUUCAGAGCUCGGCUUCGAUGACUUCCACCUUUACCUGAGGCCAGUGCAGUUUGAGGUUGCUGAACAUAAUGACAAAGCUGAGCAGAGGCCUGUUUUUAUCACAGCAAUACUGGAAGAUGACAGCUCUGUGGACAGGUUCAUACCGUCCCACCUGCCUCUGAGCAUCCAGGAACUGGAUGAGAACCAGAUCGGGAGGUUCAGCUUCAGCUCAGAGGAGGCUGUUGUUCAUCUUAUGAACAGACAGAGUAUAGAAAACCUGCAGGUGACUCUGGCCUGUCAGGUGACACAGAAGAACGCUUUGUUAAGUGCUGUGAAACUGGUUUGUCUUUGUCACUGGGCAGAGAGUGUGACGUCUUCAGCUGAGAGUGAAGUAGCCCUUCCUUCUGAUAAAGAUGUAAAAUCUGAAGCCAAACAUGGAAGUGACACCAACAAAGUGCAGGAACAAUCGAAUACUUCUCCCUCUUGCCCUGCAGGAACUCCCACCAUCACCACCAAGGAGAGGCUGAUGGAAGCCUUUGUGUCCAUCCAGCUGGAAAAAGUGGGUCUGCGUGACGAGAUGCUGAAUUCAUUUAUGAAGAAGAAGCAGGCCGUGGGGGGUCUAAUAAAAACCCCAGAGGAAUCUGCAAAGAUCAAAAGGAGGCUCAUAAUCGACUUUCUCAAGAAAUUCAGCACACAGAUAUCUCAGUAUUGUGUGAGAGCGCAGAUUGUUGCAUAUUGCAACAGUCUAACCUUGUUUUUGGACGACAUACCCUCAAUCCGUCAGUCCCACUUCAUGAUUGGGAAAACCAACGAGCCCAGAGCCAUUUUGGAUUCUGGAGUUGACCUUUGCCCUGACACCAGGACCUUUCCACAUCAGCCACAGCAGGUGUUGUCUGCAGACGGCAAAACUCUUCUCAACUUGUGGUUCAUCCCCCACUUCACUGAAGUGCUUCACAUGUUCAAAACACUGAAUGUUUCGGCAUGUGCCACAGCUCUCCAUCACACUCUGCAGAUAGUUUCAGCUCUUCAUGACAUAAUUUAUUACCUGAUAAGUUUCUCCAGACUGGGAAACACAGACGACUCCUGUAGCUACAGGAGAGGACAGGAAGUACCAGGCUCACUCGCAGCAGACUGGGGAGGCACUGAAGGCAUUGGAGCAGAGCUGCUGGAGCUCCAGAGUCAGGUCGACUGUCUGUCUGAUCCCAGUAGCCCAGAGUCUGUCGGCCGUCUGCUGCAGCUGCGCAGGCAGGUCCUCCUCCUGCAGUUUGAUACUGCUGUUAGACACCUCAUCAGGGAGGUGUUCCUCUCAUCUGGUGAUGUUGCUUCCUACCAGAGUGUGAGCGACAACAUGGCGACUGCCCUCACCCUGCUGAGUGACAGUAUCCAGACUGACGUGUUCAGCAUCACGCUGCCUGUUCCUCGACCUCUAGAGACUCGAGGCUGUCAGGCACAGCAGAUGUAUCCAUGGAGAAGCUUCAUAGCCUGUCAUGGAUUGUUCCCUCUGCAUGUGUGGGACAUCCCUCCCAUCGAAUACUGCAUGCAGCUGUGUCUGAGUGGUCUGAGUGAUCGGAGCAGACUGCAGGCAAACGCGGCAAUCCUCGGUGUGUCACUGCUCAUGGAGGACGUCCUGAACAGUGGAAGAGAGGCAGAGCCUGUCCGUCUCGAUGGCGACAAGGAUGGCCUUCUGCACGAUGGAAAACCUAAUAAAGGGGAUAAUCUCUGCAUGGAAGCUAAAGAAGAGAAUAAGAAGACUUGUGAGUCAGACGCCACUGCUCUUCUACAGGAUCCAAUCAGAGUCCAGUCUGUGUUGAAAGGUUUCCUCCUGCUGACGAAGCAGCUUCAGGUGUUCAAGGAGAGCUGGGCCCGAAGACGUUUCGGCAAUCAAAUGUUCAGAGAGGCCAUUGUGUAUCAACAGUUUGUGAAACUCUACAGAGCUGAAAUAUUUUACCCCAGCAUGAGAGCUCUGGCUCAACAAAUGGGUAAGGAGCGGGACUACGAGGUCUUAAUUUCUGGCAGCCCGUCUCUCCUGCCCCCCCCUGGAGCUUCAGAGGUUGACGUGAAAGCCUGGCAGCUUCAGAGCCUGCUAGAGAGCACUGAGUGUGACAUGAUCAGAGCGGUGCAGAGGAAGACGAACAGAGAGCUGACCCUGGUGGUUUCAGAGCGAACUCGACAGGACUCAGGCCUCCCUACUGAGUUGUGGAAGAAAGUCCCACUGAAGUACAGUUUGUCCCCUGAGCGGCCGCAGAUUGUGGAGACUUUCAUCCAGCAGCUGAUGGAGGGAGCUGAAGAGGCAGAGGGACAGCUGACGGUCGCUCAGGAUCGCCUCCAGCAGUGUCUCACUCACCUCGGCUGUUCUCUGAUGGAGCGAGAACAUCGCAGCUUCCUGCAGUACUCACAGUUUUAUGAACGAAUCCUGCAGCAGGAGACGCAGCUCCUGUAUCAGAGAGAACAGGAUUUAAACACUCUUAAGGACUUUCAGACAAGCAACUCUUUCAAAGAGGUGGUGGCCGAAUGUCGUGGGAUGAUGUUGGAGAUCUCAGCGCUGCAGGCCCGAGUCGCUCACCUGGAAGAACAGAAGAGCACUCUAGAAGAGCAACUCCGACUCAAAUUCAAAGAACGCUACGACCCUUUGGUCCGACACCUCUUCUCCACUUGCAUCCAGCUAACGGCCAAGCUUGACGAGCACCACAUGCAGAUGGAGCAGGAUGUGAGUGAGAUGGUAAACAGAAUAAGAGGCGAAGGAGUGGACCGAAUUAUCAAGCUCAAGAAGAAGUACGGCUGCACCAAAGACAAUGAUGGACUCUCACUCACACAGUUAAAGAAAGAAGAAGUCCAUGAGUUGAACCUGGAGAACAGCCGGCUGACGGCUCUGCUCUGCAAACUAAAGGCUCUGAGCCGCUGGAGGCAGCUGGUCGACCGAGAGAAACUUCAUCGACAGCUGCUUCAGACUCAGCAGAGGGAGAUUAUCUGUCGCGCUGAAGCUCUCAGAGUGAAGAUGACAUCGGAGGAGGAGGUAGUUUACCUGCAGGAGGAGCUGGAGGUCGCGAGGAAGGCGUUAUCCCGCUGUCAGGCCGAGUACAGUAGCACCAACCAGCUGCUCAGCAGGAAGACAGAAGAGCUCCAGGUGGCCAGGUAUCAGUCUGCACAGGAGGCCCGCAGCAGGCAGGAGCUGGACAGCUAUCGAGUGCAGAGCCUGGAACAAAUGAAAGCAGACAUGGAGGACAGAGAAAGACAGCUCAGGGCGCUCAGCGAGCAGCUGGACAGAGGCAGCAGGAUGAACCAGAUACUCAGACAACGCAGUGCCAAAGAGAUCCGUCAGGUGAGGGGCCAGCUACAGCAGGAGCGAAGCCUCAAGCAAGAAGCCUUUCAGCAAGUGGACAGACUGCAGAACCAGGUGAACGACAUGGAACCUGCGUUCUCCGGAUGCACCUCUACAGCAGGGCAAAGCAGGACUUAUUACACGCUGUCAGCCAGCAGAUUGAGAACUAGAAGUCCCUCAGCAGGUCCACACGGAGUCAGUCAGCAGCUUGGCAGCCUCACAAACCACACCGCACUUCAGGACUUUGCUGCAGAGCCAAGACACCAGAGAGCAGAAACAGCCAGGAGCCGUUCUAACGCAAGAAUAGACAGACCUAAAGCAGAUCCGUCUCGCCUGCGUGUCGUGACUGCUGAGAUGUUGUUGCCAUCGCUGUGAGAUUUACCUCUGGGUAUUUUGUAAAGCACCACCAACUUUUAACAAGUUAGCUGCUGUUUGACAUGCAGAGUGUCCUGUGGUUGCCUUGUGGGCUGCUGAAUGUUGGUGUGCUGUUCAAUCUCAAGCUUCACUGUGUGUCAAACACAUUUAUGUUCUUUUCAAAGCUAAGACAUAAACCUCAGCGAGGCUUUGGCUUAUUUUCAUUCAACAAGGCCUUUUAUUAUCCAGAAUGUUUUAGAACAUCCUCCACCACAGUCAUAUACAAGUUUGUCUUCCCUUCACAGUAGCACCAUCAUACUACUUUGGUCCAUAUUUCAGUCUCACAUGACAUUUUUUCCAUCUAUCAAUUGGAAAUUAAAUAUUGUAUUCGAUGUUAAUAAAACACUAUACUGAGUCCAUGAA